CCGGUUAAAUGUAAACAUUCCCAAAAUUGGCAAUUCAUUUGUUCAUCAAUUCGAAAGGCGGCUUGCAAUUUGAAAUCCUUACUGUUUAAUAGUGGUACUACUGCCUGCAUAUAGAAUGACGUGUACAUAGAGAGGUACUCUUCUGGUGGCCUCCAAAAAGUUCAAAAUAAGAAAACGAAAGACAGAAAGCAAUACACGGAACGUGACAUGGAAAGGGACAGUGCGAUUAUAAAGGACUUUGAUUCCACAACCCAAACUAGCAUAAACACUAUGUCUUCUAAGGUAAGUGUGGUGACCAUAAAUUCAGACCAGAAACAAGUUGACUUUAACUGUGUUUGUGUUAAAAUCGAGACUGAUGAAUGUUAUAAUACGGCUGCUGAUUUGUAUUCUGUGUGUGCCAAAUCAGAUCAGGUUUUAUGGGAAGAGAGACAAUCCGAUUGCAACAAACAAGAUGGCUUCAAUUUAGUAAAUGAACAAGCAGGAUGUUUACAGAUGGAUCAAGAUUACACCAAACAAGAUGGCUUCACCUCCGAAUGUGUUAUAUCAGAACAGACACAAUAUGAAAUUAUGCAACAAGAUGUCACCAAUUCUGUAUGUGUGAACAGAAACACGAUUGCCAUCUUAAAUGCAUAUACAGCACAUGAUGAGCUCCAUUCUGUAUGUGGGACAACAACACAGUUUCUAAAUCCAAAUACAGACCAGUGUUAUAUAACAACAAAUAACCUCAAUUCUGUAGGUGGUACAGCUAAACAGUAUAUAAAUACAGAUAAGGACAAUAAAAAUAGAACAGAAAAUGACCCAAAUGCUUCAUCUGAUCAUUCAAACGCAAUCGAGGAUCAAGCUCAACUGGCCUACCUAAAUUCUGUAUUUCUUACAAGUGAAGAGAAUGAGCUUUCAAAUGUUGACCAAAAUUGUGCUAGACCAACUGGGGGCGGAGAGACAAUACAAAAGGAACUUUACUCAAACCUUGAAGUUGAUGUUCUUAGACAUUCAAACUCCGAAAAAGAUGACUCAGAUGAUGACUUUGCAGAGAUAUUCUUUGAAAGAGAAAAAAGAAAAAGUGAGAGCAGGCAUUCAACUCUUGUGAGACCAAAGAGAUUUUUAUGUGAAGAUUCAUCCAGUGGCGUGGUCAAGCCAAUAAGUCCUUCAGCAAGAGAUAGUUCAGAGAAUGCUGUGACAAGGACUGUCCCCCUUUCUCUUAAACCAGCUGAGAUGAAAUUGAACAAAAAGGGUUACAGAGUGAAGAAAGUUAAGAGAAUGAAGAAAGCCAAGACCCCAGAAAAAGAAAAGACUGAGUACAGUCUUCAAGAGAGAAACCAAACCAACUGUAUGAACCUGGAACCUCGAGAUAAUGACCAUUUUCUCUACUGUGGAGAAUGCAACAAGGAGUUUGAAGGGGACUGCCCUGUCCAUGGACCCUAUAACUACAUACAGGACAAAGAGGUGCCAGAAGGGGACCCACUUAAAGCUGACCAUACCGUGCCUGAUUGCCUUGAAAUCAAAAUGUCCAAAAUAGCUGGAGCUGGUCUUGGAGUAUUUUCCAAGAUGGAACUGGAAUCCAGGGUCAUGUUUGGACCGUAUGGGGGCGAUGUCAUUGCUGAAAAUCAGAAAUCAGGAUAUUGCUGGCAGAUAUAUAAGGAAAGCAGAGCGAGCCACUUUGUAGAUGCCCAGAACAAGGCCACCUCUAACUGGAUGAGAUACGUGAACUGUGCAAUGACAGACGAAGAUCAGAACCUUGUAGCAUUCCAGUACAAAGGAGGCAUCUAUUACUGCACAUUGAAGCAAGUUUCACCAGGAGCGGAACUGUUGGUCUGGUACGGAGAUGAAUUCGCCAGAGAAUUUGGCCUCAUCAGAGACAAAAACAUGUGCAUUUAUUCCAGUAAAAACAGUGUUCACUUGAAGUCACACAUGAGGAUACAUACAGGGGAGAGAGAAUACACAUGUGAGGUGUGUGGCUAUGUAUGUAAACAGAGUGGUUCCUUGAAGGCACACAUGAGGAUACAUACAGAAGAAAGACCGUUUAAGUGUGAGGUGUGUGGCUAUUUAUGUAAACAGAGUAGUCACUUGAAGACACACAUGAGGAUACAUACAGGAGAGAGAAAGUACAAGUGUGAGGUGUGUGGUUAUGCAUGUAACAGGAGUGAAACCUUGAAGGUACACAUGAGGAUACAUACAGGCGAGAGACCGUACACGUGUGGGGUGUGUGGUUAUGCAUUUAACAUGAGUGGUAACUUGAAGAGACACAUGAUGAUACAUACAGGCGAGAUGAGGACACAUACAGGAGAGAGAAAGUACAAGCGUGAGGUGUGUGGUAAUGCAUGUAACAGGAGUGAAACCUUGAAGGCACACAUGAGGAUACAUACAGGGGAGAGAGAAUACACGUGUGGGGUGUGUGGUUAUUUAUGUAAACAGAGUGCUCCCUUGAAGAUACACAUGAGGAUCCAUACAGGAGAAAGACCGUUUAAGUGUGAGGUGUGUGGCUAUUUAUGUAAACAGAGUAGUCACCUGAAAACACACAUGAGGAUACAUACAGGCGAGAGAAAGUAUACGUGUGAGGUGUGUGGUUAUGCAUGUAACAGGAGUGAAACCUUGAAGAGACACAUGAGGAUACAUACAGGAGAGAGAAAGUAUAAGUGUGAGGUGUGUGGUUAUGCAUGUAACAGGAUUGAAACCUUGAAGGCACACAUGAGGAUACAUACAGGCGAGAGACCGUACAAGUGUGGGGUGUGUGGUUAUGCAUGUAACUUGAGCGGUAACUUGAAGAGACACAUGAUGAUGCAUUCAGGCGAGAGACGUUAAAAGUGUUUGGUGUAUGGUUAUGCAGGUAUCCAGAGUGAUCGCAUGAAGAGACACAUGAAGACGCAUGCUUGGUUUUACUUUUAAACAUAGUGGUGAUUUGAAGAAACUUGCUUGUUAAUACCACAGUAACCAUAGUGGUGAUUUAAAGAAACAUGCUUGGUUAUACUUGUAACCAUAGUGGUGAUUUAAAGAAACAUGCUUGGUUAUACUUGUAACCAUAGUGGUGAUUUAAAGAAACAUGCUUGGUUAUACUUGUAACCAUAGUGGUGAUUUAAAGAAACAUGCUUGGUUAUACUUGUAACCAAAGUGGUGAUUUGAAGAAACAUACUUGGUAAUACUUGUAACCAUAGUGGUGAUUUGAAGAAACAUGCUUGAUAAUGCUUGUAUCCAUAGUAACCAUAGUGGUGAUUUGAAGAAACAUGCUUGGUUAUACUUGUUAUGUUAAACCAUAGUUGUGAUUUGAAGAAACAUGCAUAUUUAUACUUGUAAUCAUAUUGGUGAUUUGAAGAACAUGCUUGGUUAUACUUGUUAUCAGAGUGGUUAUUUGAAGAACCAUGCUCGGAUAUACUUGUAACUAUAGUGGUGAUUUGAAGAAACAUACUUGGUUAUACUUGUAAUCAUAGUGGUGAUUUGAAGAAACGUGCUUGGUUAUACUUGUAACCAUAGUAGCCAUAGUAUUGAUUUGAAGAAACAUGAUUGGUUAUACUUGUAAUCAUAUUGGUGAUUUGAAGAAACAUGCUUGGUUAUACUUAUAACCAUAGUAACCAUAGUGGUGAUUGGAAGAAACAUGAUUGGUUAUACCUUUAAUCAUAGUGGUGAUUUGAAGAAACAUGCCUGGUUAUACUUGUAACCAUAAUAACCAUAGUGGUGAUUGGAAGAAUUAUGCUUGGUUAUACUUGUAACCAUUGUGGUGAUUUGAAGAAACAUGCUUGGUUAUACUUGUAACCAUUGUGGUGAUUUUAAGAAACAUGCUUGGUUAUACUUGUAACCUUUGUGUUGAUUUGAAGAUACAUUCUUGUUUUUUACUUGUAACCAUAGUGGUGAUUUGAAGAAACGCAUGAGGAUAGAUACGAGAGGAAGACUUUAAAACGUGUCAGGUGUGUGGUUAUUCACGUAUCCAUAGGAGGAAGACUUAAAAAAUUGUUAGGUGGAUGGUUAUUCAAGUAUCCAUGGGAGGAAUACUUUAAAAAAGUUAGAUGUGUGGUUAUCCAUGUAUCCAUGGGGGGAAGACUUUACAGACUGUUAGAUGUGUGGUUAUCUGUAUAACCAGAGUGGUCCCUUGAACACUUGAAGAGGCACAUGAGGAUAUAUACGAAUAUAAGAGAAGAUGAGGCUUUUCAUCUUGAUACAUUGCGUAAAUUUCCUUUUAUAAUCUCCAAUAAAGUAUUGGGUUUGCAA